UUUUGCACUUCAGUCAUUCGCAAAAAUCGUCUCAAUAAACUUCAUCAUGUGGUUAAUACUAACACUAAUAAUAACCACAGUCUCCACAUUCUUCUUUUAUUUCUACAAUAAAAGAUCACAUGCAUUCGAAUAUUGGAAACAACGUGGUUUUCCAACGCUGGAAAAACCGCAUUGGUUUUUCGGCGAUUUUGCAGCAGCCAUUCGAGGCAAAAAGUCAUUCAUGGUUGCCUACGGUGAUGCACACAAAGAGUUCAAAAGACGCGGCCAUAAAGUCGGCGGAAUGUACCUAUUACAACUGCCGAUUGUGCUCGUAGCUGAUAACGAAAUAAUGAAAAAGAUGAUGCAGACUGAUUUCGACGCGUUUGCCGACAGAGGCAUCGCCGUGGAUCCGGUAAACAAUCCACUCUCCAUGCACUUGUUCUCAUUGGACGGCGAACCAUGGCAGAAAAUCCGCAGGAAACUCUCGCCGACGUUCACCAGCGGCAAAAUGAAGAUGAUGUUUCCAAUCGUCGAGAAACACGUCGAUAUCCUCAUCAGAGUCACGAUGAAAUUAGCUAGAACUGGUAGAGAUAUUGAUUAUCAUGAAUGGUUAGACAAGGUUGGAAUUGAUAUGAUUGGUCACGUAGCAUUCGGACUCGAUUGUAACACGCUCGAAAGUGAAAAUGAAACGUUCUACAGCAUGGCACAUCGUAUAAUGCGUCCCAGUAAAUGGAAAGCAAUGAAAUUGAUGUUCUUCAAUUUAACAAAUCCGGCUAGUAUCAUCAGUCUCCUAUCCUCCAACACAGAAUUGUCUGACUUUUUCAUUAACCUGGUCAAGGACACAGUGGCACAUCGUCGAAAGAACAACAUCAAAGCAAACGACUUCCUUCAACUCCUCAUUGAGAUGAUCGAGGAGGAAGAGAAGGAAACAGGCUCGGGUCUGACAAUGCUUGAGGCAGCCGCGCAAGCGUUUGUGUUUUUUGUUGCUGGUUUUGAAACUUCAGCGAGAACCGUCAUGUUUUCCAUGUACGCAUUGGCAAAUGAUCAAAAAGAACAAAAUCUCUUACGAGAAUGCAUCCGGAAAGACAUGGACGCUGCAAAAGGUGUCUAUGACUAUGAUUGGAUCAUGAACAACGAAAGAUUGGACAUGGUUAUUAAGGAAGCUUUGAGGUUAUAUCCGCCUGUGAUUACUUUGAAUCGUAUGGCGACUAAAGACUACAAAAUCGACGAAUUGGGAUUAACCAUUCCGAAAAAUACUUGUAUUGUUUUCUCAUCGUAUGGUUUCCAUCACGAUCCGGAAUAUUUUGAGAAACCUCUGGAGUUUAAACCGGAAAGAUUCAGCAAAGAGAAUGUUGGUAAUAUUUUACCGUUUACCAAUAUUCCAUUCGGUGAUGGCCCAAGGUUCUGCAUUGGUAAAAGAUUUGGUUAUCUGCAGUCAAAAAUGAUCUUGGCGAAGAUUUUGAUGAACUUUGAGCUUUCACCUGGUAAAUUAACGGAGUAUCCGCUGACUGUCAGCCCGGUAACGUCGAAUUUAUUGUUGACGCCGGAAAAACCGCUCUAUUUCCAAUUUAAACCACUUUAAACACUUCAAGGUCACAUUAUCGAAACAUUCCACAUACCAAAUACAAAUAUAAAUUCUCGGCUGUUAUCAGUUUUCACUCUAGUUAUUAUAGAAAAGUUAAACAAAAUGUUUUUCGCGAUUUUACUAAUAUUGUUAUCGCUCUACAUUUUUUAUACGUAUAAAAAACAAAAGUUGACCUAUUGGCAAACAAAA